UGUUGCUGGUGUGUUUUCCAGUUCCUCUGACUUGCUGCGGAGCCGGUUUAGUCCAGAGCUUCCGGCCCUGACCGCCUGAUGGUGUUUGUUUACUUUCAGGCCGUUGGCGGCAUCGGACUCGCACGGCGGCCUCAAGUCUCCGAUCUCCAUCGGCAGCCCCCGCCGGCCCUCCGAGAGCAACCUGGACUCGUUCAGCCGGCACUUCGAAAGCAUCAUGGAGUCUCACCGCGCCAAAGGCACCUCGUACAGCAGCCUGGACAGCGUCGACCUCUUGACCUCCGGCUCCACGUCCGUGUUCACCUUCGACCUGCCCACGCUGACGCCCGAGAUCCAGAGUCAGAUCUGUGAGAGCGCAAAGCAGAUCAUCGAGCUGAGCUUCGCCCCGCUGGCCCGCCCGGACCCGGCCGCCCCGCCGGAGACGUCCCGCUCCGAGAUCACCCUCAGCGCGCCGGGGGCGGGGCUCCGCGGCGGCGCCAAGGACGACCCCGGCCUUCCCGUCAGAUCCAAAUCGGAGAAAGAGACGUGGCGGCGAUCCAUCCUCAAAGACGGCUUCCGCAAGGCGAGCUCGGCACCGUCGCUCCACAGCAGCGCCAGGGAGCGCCCGGUGAACCGGCCCCCCGAGCUGCUGUACCCGCAGGCCGACGUGGCGGAGCGGCUGGCGCUCGGCGGCAGCGACGAGGCGCUGGGGAACGGCACCAAGGCCGACCUGCAGGCCGCCAAACGCCUCGCCAAACGCCUCUACAACCUGGACGGCUUCAGGAAGUCUGACGUGGCGAGACACCUCGGCAAGAAUAAUGAGUUCAGUCAGAUGGUCGCAGAGGAAUACCUGAGUAACUUUCACUUCAGUGGACUGACCAUCGACCAGGCCCUGAGGCUGUUUCUGAGUCGUUUCGCUCUGAUGGGAGAAACUCAGGAGAGAGAGAGAGUCCUCGCUCAGUUCUCCAGGAGAUACAGACAGAGCAACCCAGAGAGUCUGUCCACUGAAGACAGCGUCCACACUCUGACGUGUGCCGUCAUGUUGCUGAACACAGACCUUCAUGGAAACAACGUGGGGAAGAGGAUGUCCUGCAGUCAAUUCAUCACCAACCUGGAGGGACUCAACGAUGGAAAAGACUUCCCCAAAGACCUGCUGAAGACUCUCUACAGCUCCAUCAAGAACGAGAAGCUCCAGUGGACGAUCGAUGAGGAGGAGUUGAGGAAGUCGAUGUCGGAGCUGGCCGACGUGCGAACAGACUCCGCCUCCCACACCAUGAAGCGCCUGGGCAGCGGCGGGAACCCGCUGGUGGGCGUGGCCCAGCAGGCCGACGGCGAGCUCUACAAGAGCGGCUUCCUCGUCCGCAAAGUCCACGCCGACCCCGACGGGAAGAGAACUCCGCGGGGGAAGAGGGGCUGGAAGUCUUUCUACGCCAUGCUGAAGGGUCUGGUGCUCUACCUGCAGAAGGACGAGUACCGUGCGGAGCGCGAGCUGACGGAGGACGACGUGAAGAACGCCGUGUCCAUCCAUCACUCUCUGGCCAUGAGAGCCGCCGACUACAGCAAGAGGCCCAACGUCUUCUACCUGAGGACGGCCGACUGGAGGGUGUUCCUGCUGCAGGCGCCGAACGCAGAACAGAUGCAGUCGUGGAUCACGCGCAUCAACGUUGUGGCGGCCAUGUUUUCGGCGCCACCGUUCCCGGCGGCGAUCGGAUCCCAGAAGAGAUUCAGCCGCCCGCUUCUGCCGGGGUCCAACACCAAACUGACCCAGGAAGAGCAGGUCAAGUCUCACGAGAACCGGUUCAGGGCGGUUUCCUCCGAGCUGGCCGACCUCACGGCCUCCACGCCGGACCGGAAGGUGAAAGGUCGCGAGCUGGAGGAGCAGAAACUCCGACAGGAAUACCUGGAGUUCGAGAAAACCCGUUACGGUACGUACGCCAUGCUGCUCCGGGCCAAACUGGCGAGCGGAGACGAGGACCUGUCGGCCUUCGAGUCGCGGCUGUUUGACGACGGCGGCCUGCAGAGGGCGCACUCCAGCCCCACGCUGCCGCAGGACGCCGCCGCCGCCGGCAAGGAGAAGACCCGCGGGACCAAGACGUCCAAGAGCCUGAAGGUCACGUCCACCUCGUCUUCCUCCGCCGCCUCCAAGACCGGCGGCGGCGCCAAAGAGGCGGGGAAGAAGAAGAACGGCGGCAGCGGGCAGCAGGCGGAGCUGCAGAAGCAGAGCAGCAAACAGGACGAGGCGCCGUAAGAGACAUGAAGCAUCAUGGGGAGCAGGCGGACUCCUCCUUUAAACCGUUUGUGUUGGGAGGCGGAGAGGAGACGACCGACCGCACGACAAAACACGGAGGAGAAGGCUCAUCCGUCAGAGUUUCACAAUAAAAGCUUUAUUUUGCUGUCAGAUGCUUUUAUUCUGGAGGUUCAAACGUCACAAAUCAUUUCAGAAACAUUUUGUAGGUACUUUUUUUUUUUCUCUCUCUCUCUCUCUCUCUCCUCCUGACCUCCUGCACGGCCGCGCUGCUUCUCCUAGCAACAGACGGGGGAGCAGGUUGCCAUGGCGACCUGACGUGACGGACGGAGAGCGUGGGACUGUUGCCGUGGCGACCGAGCAAAGAGGGAGAGAGGGAGGGGGGGAGGAGUCAGGACUCACAAAACCUCCUCCUUACUCUGUGUGUGUGUGUGUGUGUGUGUGUGUGUGUGUGUGUGUGAGGAUCUUUGGUGACAAACUGAGCAGAAAAAUAAUAAAAAUAAAUAAUUCAUCUAAAAUCAAUCUGCAAACAUCCCAGAAUUAUUAAUAAUACUUUCUUUUUUUUCCUUUCUUUACUUUAUAUUCUGCAGCAUUUUAAUGCAACAAUUACUCAACAAAUCAUUCAUUCGAUUUAAUCACCAACUAUUUAUAUUAUCAGUUAAUUAUUAAAGUCGUUUUUCUUCAGUUUGCAGCUUCUUUCGUCUUUUCUCUGUUUGAAUAUUUUCCUGUUUUCAGUUCGUACAAAGUCUGAAGAGUUUCCUUUUCGUAGUGACGUUUUCAAGCUUUGGAAUAUACUUGAAUUUUUUAUUUUGUUGAUAUUUUUCUAAUUAUUUUCCUGACUUUUUUUAUAUAAAUGUGUUUAAGAUAAAUAUAUAAAGACAUUCCUUUUUUUUUCUCUUUAAUUUCAGAAAUUGUUGUUUUUCGGGGUUCGUACAAAGUCUGAAAAGUUUUGAAAAUAUUCCAUUUGAGUUUAAAACCAAAACAUAAAAUGAUUGUAAUAAAUCAGAUAAAGUAACUUAUUAGCUUUUUGUCAUAAUAAUUUAAUUUAAUUUGAACUGAAAAAAAAUGUCAUCACGUUGGAUAAUUCAUCAGGAAUGAAAAUAAUCUGUUAAAUUAUUUUCUCUGUGAAUCAGAAAAUAGUGAAACAUGUUGGAAGCUCAACAGAAACAGAAAAUAUUCACAUUUAAGCAGCUGGAAUCAAAUAAUUUUUGUCUUAAAAGUGACUCAGAUUAUUUAUUAUUGUGAGAAUAAUUAAUGUGAAAAAAAUCUGCAUAAAUAAAACAAACAAUCAGGAACUUUUAUGAUUCUUCAUGUGGAUUUACAAGAUAAAAAAUACAUUUAAUUUGUGAAAGAAAUUCAAAGAAUUUAUUAGAAAAUAAUCUAAAGAAGUAAGAUAUAAUUUUUCGAUCUGCAGAAUAUUUUCACUUUAUUUUAUUUAUUAUUUAUUUUUCUGCUCAGUUUCUCUCUUCAUGCUGGAAACUGAAUCUUUUUGAAUCCGUCCACUUCACAUUCCUCCUCUUCUCUUUUCCUUCACUCAAAGUUUACGAGUUGUGCUGAAAUAUUGUUUUUUUAUUGUUUGUUUGUUGACGUCAUGAAACAACCUGUAAGAGGCUCCUGCUGAUGGGAAUAAGGGUUUCUGGGUAAUGAAGUCCAGCAGCUCGGUUCUCUCUGCUGCCACCUGGUGGUGAUGCUCACUCAGCAGAAUAAAAUAUAAAUUAUAUUAUUUUGUUAUAAUUAUUGAUGCAUUCAUGUUUUCAUCACUUUAAUAAAUAAUAUAAUUUAUUUAAUAUUUUAUAUUAAUAAUAUGUAACUAAAGUUACUAAAUAAAUGAGAAAAACAUUCCGAAAGGAUAUUAAAUAAAAUUAUUAAGCAAAAAAUAUACUUUACAUCUUUUUCCUUUUUUUUUGUUUGGAUAUUUGUUAUUUUUUAUAUAUAUUUUCCCUUUAAUUUCCGACAUGUUUUUUAUGUUUUAUUCAGGUACUUUUCCUGUUUUUAUUAUUAUUUAAUUCUUUUCUUUUUUUUCCUGAUAUUCUUCAUGUUUACUUGAGUACAUUUACUUUGUUACUUUCCACUUCUGUGAAAGAUAACUAGAAGAUUUGGAGAAUUUAAAAAAGUAAAAGUCUUCAAGGUUUUAUGAUUUAAAAAAACUUUCAAAAUUAAAGAAAAACUGAAUCCUGCUGGAGAUGAAGUUAUUGUUUGUUGGUCAGCAGAGAAACUGCUGCUGCUGUUCUUCACCUGUUACAUUAUUCAUCAUGUUUAAAACUACAGAAACAUCUGAAGCUUUUUGUUUGAAAUAUUAAUGUUUGUCCAGAAGGAAAACUGAUUCACUUUGUGAUCGGAGGAACUGAAGAACACUGAGUUCGUCUGGUCGGCUGGAAACACGAUGAAGCUGUUUCUGUGGAACUAAAGACUCUAAAGAACCCACAGACACUUUAUGAACACUUCAAAGGUUCUCAGAGGAUUUCAACAUAUUUCAUGUUUUUUACGUCUCGAACGCUUUCUGGAUUCUCAAGAAUCACCAGAUCACGAGAACCGCUUUGUGGCGUCGAUAUC